ACAUGUAAAGAAUUCACAAAAAUGCCUCCAAAGAAAACCGAUGCGACGAAACCCUUGAAACUGGUCAGCCCAUUUGGAGGAGAAGCAGCACUGUUUAAGUGGCCACUAGAGCAUAAUGAUGGUGGAAAUGAAAUUGUUGAUAUCAUGAAAAGUGUUUGCGAGGAUUAUCCAGAACUGGCACUGCCCAUUAAAAAUCACAUCAUUAAAGAUUUCGAUUCCACAAAUUACGAAUCUGUCAAAAGUUGCUGCGAUAAAUUCAAUCGAGCCAUUGCACAGUUGAACCUACUUUUUUCGGGAACAUAUCGACCCGGUAAACAUAGAGCUAACCCUAGCAGAAAGCUCUUGAAACAUAUCAUUCAACUAUCCUACAACAGAGCUGUAGACGAUCCUGAAAAGUUGAACGAGUAUGAACCCUUCUCGCCACAAGUCUAUGGCGAAACAUCGUUCGACCUCAUCUGCAAAAUGCUGGAUGAUGUCCCCGUGAAAGAGACGGACACCUUCAUCGAUCUAGGAAGUGGAGUUGGACAGGUUGUCUUGCAAGUCGCCGCGUUGACAAACUGCAAGAUGUGCUAUGGGAUUGAGAAGAGUCAGAUCUGUGUCGAGUAUUCGGCUAAAUUGGAAAAAGAAUUCAGAUUCUGGAUGAAUUGGUACGGCAAAGUGUACACGGACUUCGAGUUGAUUAAAGGUGAUUUUCUUGACAAGAACUACGCACAAAUAAUUACCAAUUGUAGCCUUAUAUUUGUCAACAACUUCGCGUUCGGACCGAAUGUGGAUCACCAGUUGAAGCUCAGGUUUCAGAACCUGCACGAUGGUACCAGAAUUGUAGCCUCUAAGGCAUUCGCUCCAAUUAAGUUCCGCGCUUCGGGUAGAAACAUGUCAGACAUUGCCUCCAUCAUGCGGGUUUCAGAAUUGGCUACGCUCAAAGGAUCGGUAUCGUGGACUGAAAAUCCAGUUUCCUACUUUCUUCAUGUCAUAGAUACUACACUGCUUGAGAAUUUCUUUGAGCAACAGAAAGUUAAAUCCUCGUCCAGGAGUGGAUCAGAUGACACAGGAUCCGAGAAGACAGACAGCUGCGAAAGCAACGCAGGAGGUAGGAGUGAUGUGGAUUCUCCUCCUAUAUCCGUGGCAGCUGCGGAAAACAAUGAGAAAAAUGAAGCCCCUGCUGCCUCAACGAGCACUGCAGUUGCUAAUCAACCGAGUGUCACAACUUCCAAGAAGACCACAGGAUCACAAAGCGCGAAGAUCUCCCGCAAGUAUCCCAGAAGGAGCUCGCGUAAAAGUAUCUUAAGCGCUGUGCGUAACAUAGCAAAUGAUAGUUCCUCCUCGACCUCUUCGGGAAAUGAGAAGAAACCCCUGUCUGAGUUUGCUGAAUCGGCAUCCAAGCAAACAGUCACGACUUCGCCGUCAACACGCGGUGGAGCUCACGGACGUCGGAAGCCAACUAGAAAAUCUACGGCAGCAGUUUCGCCAGUUUCUGAAUCCGGGUCCAAACGCGGAAUGUCUCCAUCGGCGGCCAAGCACCGAAAGAUGUCUCCUAGAGUGGCAAGUGGACCGACAGCUACAGAAAGUGGCUUGGAACUUCUACAUUCACACUCUGUAAUGUCAACGAAAGGAGAAUUGUCGGAUUUUCCUGUUAGUAGCGGAUCUUUCAGUCCAAAACGGGAACAAUCUGGAUCUAGAUCUGCAACUUACAAAGAGUUGAAUGUGAGAGUCGAAGACUUGGAGGCUUUGCCGACGCCUGUGCCCAGCAGCGGAAUUGCAGAAAAUAAAAAAGAAGAAUCUGAACCCAUUUAUGUUCCUGGACUUGAAGAGUUUAUGGCAAACAUGAAAAACAAGUAUAUAGAGUUUGUCGAGCAGCUGCAGAGUCCUCAGUACGGUGCAAUGUUGCAGCUCAAGAUUCAAGAGGAGAGGGAGCGAGGACAGUUGCUGAGAGGGAAGAUCCAAGAGGUCAAAGACGACAUCCGUGAGAUGGAGAAGGAUUUUGUUCAGUUGCUGCACUGUCGACUCAAGGAGCUCGGGAUAGAUGCGCGUACACCUGUGGAGUUUGUGGAGAAGGCGAAGGGCAUCAUAAGUGUGCAUGAGACACUGAGGAUGCGCACAAGGGAGGAGCAGGAGUUGUACAAUAGAGAGUACGAGAUGCUGCAGAGGAACAUAGAGGCGAGGAGGCAGGAGUACGAGGAGAUAGCACACAGGCUGCACAGGGAACAAGGCACCGUGCUGCCGCCGUUUGACGUCAAUUUGCUGUUAAACGUGAAACAACAGCCUCCUCAGUUUCACCAUCAGUCCAGUAGCAGUGCUGCACGUGCAGGAGGAGGAGGGGGGACGUUGUCUUCUUCGCAGAUGUCGAGCGAGUCCCCAUCUGCCGAUAUCUCUCCCUCGGGAAGAGUGGACCACCUACUAAAAAGAUCCGACAUAAUCGACCUGGACACCCUCAUUGCAACUCAGCUUCAGCAGAAUAGUAACAAUGGAGAUUCGUCACAUUCUAUGUUUCGACUACCCAACUCGGCAUAUUCGAGUGGUACAGGAACAGCAGCUCCCCCUGUUAAUGUGUCCAUGUGCAGGGGAUGCGGGGGAGUGGCAGCACAGAAGAACAUCCCCGUCUCCCCUGCAUCGGGGUUCUGUGUAGAAUGUGAGCAGGGAUCUGUAGGUGGUGUUGGAGGCUCGCAUGGAAAACAGAGCGCAACAGGAGGUUCUCCGAGGACCCACCAUUUGUUGCAGAGGUCUCUAGAGACAGCUCUGAACAACACAGGACGCAUGCCAUCUAGUUCAGAUGAGCUGGGAUCUAACCAGGGACGAACUGGAUCAUGCUUCAGUAUCGACAGUCUAGUCUCUCCAAGGCUUCACCAAGCAGUGGAUUCACAACUCAGUUCUACAGGACUUCAACAUUCCGAUCACGGAAGUUCCCAUCCUUCUAAUUUCUGUCUGCCUCUCUCUGCUACUUUAUCCUCCCCUAUCCUGAGAGCAAAUCUUACGAAUCCCCCCAUUCAGCAAAAGACGAUGGGAGACAUUGAAAAGAUGGACGAACGCUCUUCUGGCAGUCUCGCCCACGAAGGUAUGGCUGCAAAGAGAUACCAAAUAUCCCCGAUAACACGUAGUCCGUCGGCUAGUGGUACGAAUGUGAUUCAAAGGGCCAUGAAGCACGCUCUAUCAUUUUCGAAAUUCGACGAAUACAACAAGAAGCGAGGUAGUUGGGAUCUAUCGCCGUCGCAUCCUAAAACGCUGCAGUUCACCGAAAUUGAUACGAUUAGUCAGUUGGUUGAAAAAGUAGCCGUGUCCACAUGCAAGUUAACUCCUGAGGAGCAAGAAGAACUGUGUUACAAUUGCAUUUUGGUCGGUCAUUUGCCUAAUGAGCUGCGCCCUUACUGGGAGGACCCAAAACUUUCAGGAGGAGAAUAUGGAACUCCAGCGAAGGUGCAGGCAAUGUCGAACCAACAGGCGUCUGGGAUUUCUCCAAGUUUUGUUUCGAGUACAGUUACGAUACCCACAUCCUUGUCAUAUUCGGGAAAUUCACCAAUGAGCUCGGCUAACAUGGUGGCACACGCAGUGCAAACUCUAACAGCCUCGAAUUUGGCAGCUACUUCGGGAUCGGUAGCGACUCCUAGCAGCUCAGGAAUUUCCAAUAUCGUGAUCCAGUCUCCGACAUCUCAGGGAUUUCCGAAAGUGCCUGUGCCUGUUCCAGCUGUGGCUUCCAGUAGUGUUGCUGGAGUAGUGUCCCAGUUCCAGUCGGAGCGACUAGCUGCAGAGUCUCAGGACAGAAUCAACUCAGUCAUUUCUCAGGUUUUGAAGUCUUCAAUUCAGCCGCUGGAGGCCUUAACUGCCGCUGCUUUCAUGCAAAAUGUGCCUGAUCCGGAAAUCGUAGAAGACGUAGUGGACACUUUAGCAUCUGAGGAACCUCGAGUGUCGGUUGCUUCGACUGCGUUCGAAAUUACGUCUAACACAAUGAGCCGUGAUGGAAAGCGAGAGGUAAAGGAACUGACUUUACAUUUUGCUCCAUCGCGCGUUGCUGAUGAAAAAGGAAGGAAAGACAACGUAGAAUAUAUUGCACUAAAAGAGUCCAGUGAAAGCAAGCCUUUUGUAGAAACGCUCUAUAAAGACUCAAAGAUAGAGCAAGUUGAGGGAUCUGACAUCGGAAAGCAGGAAGCCGAAACCGUAAACGAAGAAGAUGAAAAAGAAUCACAGGUGUCUUCUUUGGAUGCUUCAACAAUUGCAGGUGAGCGAGACGGAGACUCCGUAAAUAUUUCAACAAACAGUGCAAUUGCAGAUGACUCAGCAGCUGCUCAACUCACUUCGCAGAGUGAAAAUUCGGAAGAUGAAUGCAAUAGCUUGACCACUCGGCAAGAUAAACAUAACAUGGAGGGGGACCAAACGAUAAGUGGCGAAAUCCGGAUCCAAUCAGACCAAGAAACAGUUGAAAGCACUUCAGUUUUUUGUGAGAACAAUGGAAGUUCGAGCACUGAGGCUAAUUUAAAGGAAGACGAAUACCUAAAGUGCAACAAAGAGAAGAAAAGUGAAAAUGAUAAUCUGACAUGCAUUUCAGAAAUUGAGGAAAAGGUUUCAGGCUCUCGGAAAGACUCUCACUUGGAGAAAGAGACAAAAGAUACGAACUUUGGUACGCCUAAAAACUUGGUUGCAAUUACGAAAAAAGAUGUUGCGAAGCAGUUCCACAGUAUUGCCAUGGGUGAAAAUAGUUUUGUAUCCACUUCAAAAUUGGGUGAGGCGCCGAUGGUAUGUAGUAGCAGUACUGUUAGGUCUAUAGGGGUAGUGCAAAAAGACGAGCUAGAGGUUAAGUCAGAGGAACUUCCGGCCGAUUUAUUAACGGAAUCACAAUCGCCGAAAAACGGAAGCGUCGGAGGAGCAGGGAGCUCAAGUGAUGUCAAUAAGUUAAAGUUUGAUGAUGAAAGUGGAGAUGAAGUUGACAAUGAAAACGAAGCGGAUCGGGAAAAGGAGAAAGAGAAAGCAGAAGAAAAUACAGAGAUUGUUGACUCUGACCAGAAGAAGCCCGAGUCUCUGGAAGCCGCGACUGAACCAGAACCAGCUCUCCAAGUUGAGUCCAGUUGGCUGGUUGCUUCUCUGAAUCGAGUGCCAGUUGAGAAUGUGGAGCUGGGAAUCGAUGUCCGGACGGAGACCACUGCGAAUGAUGAUGAUGAUGGGGGUGGGGACGUUAAAAGUGAAAAGGACGAAGAGAAGAAAGAAAAAGAGAACGACGAUGAGACAAAACACAAGACGGAGAGUUCAGCUACAUCAUCCAAUUUCGAUUUCUCAAGGAUCAAUUUUGAUGAAGCAGAUUUCAACGAGGAUGAAGAUAAGAAAUGAAAAAACUAUAUUCAGUCACAGGAAAAUGAAAAACUUUUUGAAGAUUAGUAUACCAACUUCGUAUUUAAAUUGUAAUAACAAUUCCUUAUAAUUUCUAAGUUUCAUUUGAUGAAUUUCUGGACUUUUCUAAAUCUCAGUUCAACUAUCACUAAUUUAUAAUCACCAUUUGAUAAUACAUAUUACUCUCUUUUACGUAUAUUUAAUGAGUCUUGAUGUCUUAAUUUAGAAGAAAACUUCUGCUUCUUUUUAGUUGUAGACUUAUGGGUUUUACUGUGUAAAUAAUUCUUUGGUUUGUUUCAAUUGCAUUUC